CUACUAAAUCUCUUUUGCCAUGAACAGCGCGAAGAUAUUUUCUUGCAUCGAGCUGCUUGGCAGAUCGACUCAAGGAAAGUAAAGUUCGCAAAUUUUCCAAAAAUUGUGAAGCUGCAAAGGAUACUAUGGUAAAUUGGCAAGCACAAAUAAGUACUUAGUUCAAGUGUCCACGUUAUGAUGACAACAUGUAAGGGUGCUCAUUACUUGAAAUUUAAAUUGAGAUAUUGUUUCAAAUGUGUUUCAAAUUCUAGAUUUCAAAAUUCAGCUGUGUUAUGUCUUUAUCUUUUUCAGUUUUAUCAAGUCACUUGCUGCUCUAACAUGAUUAUUGGCUUAGUGCUACUUUCCUUUGAUAAUAUAUUGCCCUUUUAUUUUGGAGUUUUCUCACAGAUGGAAUGUGUUAGAGUCAAAGGUCUUGUUUAUUUUGGGUUUAUAUUCAUCUUGAACAUGGAUACACAAUAUGGUCAGACACUAUGAUUGUUCAACUUAAAUUCAUAUGAAGUAGUAUUUACAUUUACUGAAUGGAAAAAUGCUCUACCUCUUGGAUAUUUUGGCUAUUUUAUUUUAGACCUAAUAACUUAUGAGAAAUUCCAUUAAUUGCUUACAUAGUUACAUUAUUUAUGUUAAUUACUUUUAGUUGAGAAAAACUACUAAUUUACUAUUUAUAAUAUGGCAGGUGAAUGUGGAGCACAAAUAUGCACAUACAGACAAAGAAGAUGAGUGACCUCCCACAUGAGCUUGAGCUUCAUAUUAUGGAGUUUUUGACUAGUUCUGGAUUAGUUUUACGAGACAGUUACUCAAUGUAAUCAAAAUGUUGAAUGAUUGAAACUUUAUUGUCAUUUCAUGUUAUAUAUAAAUAAAAUAUUAAUGUGGAUGAUUCAUUUGCUUUUCCCUCAUUUGUUAUUGCAUCUUAAAAGUAAUAUAUUAUGUGAAUGAAGUAUCUGCAUCUAAUU